AGACCACUGGGCCGUCAGUGAAAGUCACAGGAACUUCAGGACAGCCAUCAGCAGUGACAGGGACUUCAUCUGAAGAGACAGGGAAUACUAUACCAUCAACUGAAGGGUCAACUACAGCAGGGCCAUCAGAAAUAACUGCAUCAUCAGCUGGAACAACUGGUAAUGGCAGACUGUCAGAUGGAGUGACAAGCAAAACUGAACAGUCAACUGGAGUAGCUGGGACAAGUGGACCGUCAGGCACUGCUAACGAGCUGUAUGGAUCCACCACUGGAGCAGGUGGAAGUGUGACCAGAUUAACCAGUCCUGGAAAAUCAGGCAAGUGA